UUUUUAGGAAUGGUGUACGGUCAAUUACGUGCAGCAGCGGGUACUUAAUACGGUUUUUAAUAUUCGGAAGCAGCUACGCGAAAUCUGCUCGAAAAAGUCCAUGGAAUGGUGUACGGUGAAUUAUGUGCAGCAGCGGGUACUCAACACGGUUUUUAAUAUUCGGAAGCAGCUACGCGAAAUUUGCUCGAAAAAGUCCAUGGGUCUUUUUAUGAAUGCGUGUGAAUAUGAUAAAUCGUUGGGUCGUUAUCGCUUGCUGAUCUCGCCGCAUACCUCGUUGAAAAUUCAUCCUUCGUCGUGUUUGGCUAGGGAAGAUCGCCCGACUGCUUUCGUUUUCACGGAAUUGGUUCAAACUAAUGAAUUAUAUGCGCGGUAA